AUGGUUCAAUCCUCUAUUACCGGUACAAGCAAGAGGCGCAUAAUCGUCACCGCGCACGAUACCACCAUCGUCACCCCCAUCCCUCAUGCUCAUUCCCCCCUCUUCCACCCCUGCUUUAACGAGAAGCACCCAGAAGACGUUAUCCUCCGAGCCGAUACCGAUAACCCACAAGACGACAACCUCUGCUUCUACGCGUCGAUGCCCCUCCUAUGCUCCCUCUCGGGCUUCUUUGACGGCCUACCUUCCCCCUCGUCCGGAGACACGACAGACGACACACCCAUCAUUACCCUUCCCUACGCGUCCACAUCCGGGCUGGCGGUCUUCCUCCGUGCCAUUCACGCUCCCACCACAUCCCAGGCCCGCCUACCUCGGAGCGCAAUCACUUGCGAGUCGAUAUGCACCGCAGCCAUCAUCGCGCGCGUAUACGACGUCCCGCAAGUCUGCGAGGUCCUGGGCAGCUAUGUGGAGUCCCGAAAGAAGCUGUACAGCCCUUUUUUGGCUUACACUAUUCGGGCGAUGGGCGACGAUAUCAUCCCGCUCGCUCAUGCCGCAAGAGCUACCGCCGGUCUCGACAUCUCCACCGCGCCACCGGUGAUCCUUGACCUCCUACGUCAAUACGCCCCAGAUUGCCUAGCUCUACUGCACACAAUACAUGCGAGAGGCCGCUCGGCUAUGACCACCUUUCACACGAUGCUCGCUAAAACCACCACGGACAGCUUCUACGCCGGAUCCCAUACCCCGGACGAGAGGUGCUUUGAGGCACGAAAGGGAGACCCUGUCAUCGGGGUCAUGGAGCGGCUGCGAGAAGCAAAGACGGUGGAGGAGAUACAGGCGGUGGCGGAGAAUCAGUAUGGACUGCAGUGCCGAUCAUGCCUCGCAGGGGCGACCAGGCAAUUCAAUCUCAGUCUUAGGUGGCUGUGGAGCGCCACCGCGGAAGGAUGGCUGCGGGAUUGUUAA